AUGUCCAAUCACUUUGGUCAUGUACAUUAUCAUGUAGACGAGUUGAAAUCAGAGUUCUUUCAACCUGAGAACUUGAAGAAACAUAUGGAGCAGCUGUGGACUAGUCUCAAGCCAUUGUACACACAACGCCAGGCAUUCCUAGACAAUGAGGAUCGCAUUGGACAAGUCUUCCACGAGUUGCAUCAACAGUUGGCACUUGAGGAGCAUAAGUUAAGGAAGCCCAUUGUCAAGGAGAGAGAAAAGGUUGACUCUGCCAUCGAGUCCAUCAUCAGCGAGAUUCAAUCAAUCAACUCCAUUUGCUUGGCGCAACGUGGUGGCAACAACUUGUCCGACCAUGACCACCAACAUGUGACCUCGACCACUGACAUCAUAGUCGAGUCGAUCAACCCCGAUGAUACAUUGACAUCAUUCAUUCAAUCAAAUCCAUUGCCAAUGGAUGAUGAUGAUCAAUCACCAAUGACUCGCAUCGCGUUAUACUUGGCCCAGUUCAAGGACCCUGGCCGCAAUGACCAUGUCCACGACCUCGCCAUCAGGUUCGAACCAGCACCCUUGCGUAAUCAGAUCAUGCGCACUAUACACGACGCGUUCGAGAUGGUCGAGGGAGGUGCUGACAACAAACAAUCACAGUUCCAAGCCGACAACUUUAGCUCACAAUGGCAGGUGUUCUCGCUGGAUGGUGGUGGUGGCAUCCACCUGUUCGACCCAGCAGCCUCCAACACCAAGUGGAUGCGUGUCAAUUGGCGCGAGAAGGAGAACCGCUACAACACCCUCCAGUCCGCUGCCGCGGCAAUCGACGAAAAUGUCUACAUAUUUGGAGGCGAAGAUCGCUCGGUCACAUACUCGCGCUUCUCGAUGUCCAAACAACGCGUGGACUUCACCGGCGACAUUGGCACGGGACAAGGUGGCUCGUUCAUCUCGACAUGCUACGACGGCGAGAAUUACAUCUACCUCGUGGGCGGUCACUUCCGCUAUGAGUCACUGACACGCAUCGAUCGGUUCGACAUCCGCACGGGAGAGUGCCAGCGCAUUGGUUGUCUGGGGCUAUCCAAAGACAUGCUCUACUAUUUCUACUCAUUCAUCUACAAAGACGUGCUGUACGCCGUGACCUACAACCGUAACUUGGUCAUCACAUUCAAUCUCACGACAAUGGAGCGACGACAGGCCACGCCCGACUAUGCCGACGGCAUCUUCAAGAACAUCUGGGCCAUGUGCUACGAUGACGCGAAUCAUCUUUAUAUACUUAAGACUGAUCAUCAGCUGAUCAAGCUGUCACUGCAGAGUAGAAAGUACAUUACACUGGCCACACUGGAGCCCAAAGAGAAGCUAUCCUCAUCGCACAAUAUUACAUCGAUGGUAUACCUCACAUCCAAUCGUGGCAAACAACAAAGUCUCUAUCUUCUGGGUGGCCUACUGUACGGCACACAUCAAUACUCAAUCCAAGAGAACUGUUGGACAGUGUGCGACGAGUCCAACCGUGAUGGAUUCGAACGACAUCGUCGUGGAUCAUGUCGAGUUCCAAAGAAGCAAUACCAACAACAAGUACAAUAA